AUGGAGCUGGCUCAGGGGCCAGUGACUUUCGAGGAGGUGGCUGUGUAUUUCACCAGGGAAGAGGGGGCUCUGCUGGACCCCACUCAGAGAGCCCUCUACAGAGACGUCAUGCAGGAGAACUAUGAGACAGUGGUCUUGCUGGGCUUUCCAGUUUCCAAACCUGAUGUGAUCUCGCAGCUGGAACGAGGGGAAGAGCCGUGGGUCCCAGACUUCCACGACUCUGAGAAAAAAGUGCUCCCGAGAGCUGCCUGCACAGGUGUUGGGAUGGUGAGUGAGAAUGAGGAGAAACCCCAGCAGGAAGAUGCUGAGCAAAUAGAAUCCCAUGGGACGUUAUCAGGAAGAUCCAAAGGGAACGAUUCUGGGAGUUGUGCACUCCCAGAAAAAGCAAAAGCCUCUGAGACUCAGGAGAGGCCACAGGAAAACUUUGGUAGCCACUCAGACCUUAUUACACACGAGAGAAUCAACUUGGAAGAGACACGCUACACAUGCCAUGAGUGCGGGAAAAGCUUCAAUCAGAGCUCUGCCCUUAUCACACAUCAGAGAAUCCACAUGGUUGAGAAAACUUAUGGAUGCGCUGAGUGUGGGAAACGCUUCAAUCGAAGCUCACACCUUAUCACACAUAAGAGAAUCCACACGGGUGAGAAACCUUAUGGAUGCUCUGAGUGUGGGAAACACUUUAGUCUGCACUCAAACCUUAUCACGCAUCGUAGAAUCCACACAGGAGAGAAGCCCUACACAUGCUCUGAGUGUGGGAAAAGCUUCAAUCAGAGCUCAAACCUUAUCACACAUCGAAGAAUCCACACAGGUGAGAAACCUUAUAGAUGCUCUGAGUGCGGGAAAUGCUUCAAUUGGAGUUCACACCUUAUCACACAUCAGAGAAUCCACAUGGUUGAGAAACUUUAUGGAUGCUCUGAGUGUGGGAAACGCUUCAGUCGAAGCUCAAACCUUAUUAGACAUCAGAAAAUCCACACAGGAGAAACACCCUACACGUGCUCAGUGUGUGGGAAAAGCUUCAAUCAGAGCUCAAACCUUAUCACACAUAAGAGAAUCCACACGGGAGAGAAGCCCUACACAUGCUCUGAGUGUGGGAAAAGCUUUAAUCAGAGCUCUGCCCUGAUCACACAUCAGAGAAUCCACACUGAUGAGAAACCUUAUAGAUGCUCUGAGUGCGGGAAAUGCUUCAAUUGGAGUUCACACCUUAUCACACAUCAGAGAAUCCACAUGGUUGAGAAACUUUAUGGAUGCUCUGAGUGUGGGAAACGCUUCAAUCGAAGCUCAAACCUUAUUAGACAUCAGAAAAUCCACACAGGAGAAACACCCUACACGUGCUCAGCGUGUGGGAAAAGCUUCAAUCAGAGCUCAAACCUUAUCACACAUCAGAGAAUCCACACAGGAGAAACACCCUACACGUGCUCAGAGUGUGGGAAAGGCUUCAGUCAGAGCUCUACCCUUAUCACACAUCAGAGAAUCCACAUAGGAGAGAGAGCCUACACAUGCUCUGACUGUGGGAAAAGCUUCAAUCAGAGCUCAACCCUUAUCGCACAUCGUAGAAUCCACACAGGAGAGAAACCCUACUCCUGCGCUGAGUGCGGGAAAAGCUUCAAUCAGAGCUCACACCUUAUCGCACAUCAGAGAAUCCACACUGGUGAGAAACCUUAUGGAUGCUCUGAGUGUGGGAAACGCUUCAAGCGGAGCUCACACCUUAUCAGACAUAGGAGAAUCCACACUGGAUAG